GCUUUGAAUACCUCGUCAGCAGCCAUAUUUGUUGAUUACUGUCUGAGGAGGUUGUGAUAAAGAAAAAUGUAAACAAUGAAGAGCAAAACGGUAAAACAGACUUGAUUUUGUGCUCAGUGUAACUUGCAUUCUUUUUUGCAUUUCUUUAUAUGCAUUUGAACGUGUUUUCCUUCGUCAUGCCGUAGUAUCAGCAAGUCUUCGCUUCGAAAUGUGAAAUAAACUUGGACACACCAUGCCUUCAUUAGAGUUUAGGAACACUCAUGACGUGAGCAUGACACGUGAUUAGAAAGGAAUUUUGUUCGAUUUUACCGCAGUACAACCCGUUACGCGAAGCCAUGUCACCGGCAAUGCACCAGUCAUUAUGAGCAAGGUUGGUUCAUAUUCAUGUUUUUCUAUGAGAAAUGUGUUUCGUUUUAGCAUAUUUACAGAUAGAACUUAGAAGACGACAGUUUUGCUUCCAGAAAAUGAAUUUUGCGACGUUGUGCACAUCGGACGCCAUCUUGGAAAAAUUGAAAAUUUGUGGAAGACUUACUUCUAUUGAAGAUCCUGCAGACUUUGACAGUCCAUUAUUUGGUCCAUUAAGUAAUGACAAGAGUCCCAAAUCAGUUUCCUCUCAGAAAGACAAAAAAGAAUCUAUUAAAAAGGAAGCUGACAACAAUGCAAGUGGAUCAGGCUCAGACUCAGGGAACUCGAGUAGUGGUUCAAGCUCUGAUGACAGUGACUCCGAGUCCGGUUCAAGGUCAGGGUCAGACACAGACAGCUCUUCGUUAGACUCUGAUGAUUCCAAGUCUGAUAACAAGGAACAACGCAAGACAGAAUCAGUAUUAGAUGAUACCGACUCGCAAGACACACAGAGUACUACUCAGUCCACCAAACGAGGACGACCACGCAGGUCCAGCAUCAAUGAAAUCAAACAGAUCUUGCGUGAAAUGUCAGAUGACCCUGACCUCUUGGGUCUUAGAAGGUCAGGAAGAGCCAAAAAAGAGCCUGUUAGAUACAAUGCUAUGGGCGAAAGUGAUGAUGAUGACAAAUCUAAGAAAAGAGGAAGAAGAAAGGGUUCAGACGAUUGGAACGAUUCUGAUAGUGGCAGUGAUGAGAGUGAUGAUUACAAACCUUCUACAAAGGCCUUGUCCAGAUCUGGUAAUAGGAGGAGUUUACGGUCAGCGCCACCCAAACGAGGACAUAUGACCACCAACAACCUCAGUGAUUCUGAUGAGUCUGAGAGCGAGGACAAAGACACUAUUUCAUACAGAUACUCCUCCAAAAAAGUCAGGCGUGACUACACGACACGAAGGAAGGGAAGUAAAAGCAAAGUCAGCUAUAAGGAAGACUCAGAUGACCAGACAGAUUCGGAUGAUCUGAUUGAGGUUGCUUUAGAACAGCAAGAGGGAGAAGUGGAGGAAGACAACAAGGAAAUUAUAGAGAAAGUACUGGAUGAUCGGAUUGGGCGGAGUUCAGCCACUGGAAGCAAAACCACCAUAUACAAUGUACAGGACAGUGGAGAUCCGAAUGAUGGUGUCAUCAUAACAACAGAAGACACGGAGAAACAGUUCCUGAUCAAAUGGAAAAACUGGGCUCACAUACACAACACCUGGGAGUCCUACAAAACACUCCGAGAUCAAAAAGUCCAUGGACUCAAGAAGUUGGACAACUAUGUAAGGAAGCAAGAGGAAAUCAAUGAAUGGAAAGAUCAAGCAACCCCAGAGGAUAUUGACUACUUUGAAUGUCAGCAGGAAAUGGUUCAGGAACUGUAUCAACAACAUAUGCUUGUGGAGAGAGUUAUUGCUCACUCAAAUCAGAAAAUGGCGAAUGAAAACAAUGGUUAUCCCGAUUACCUGUGUAAGUGGCAAGGUCUUCCGUACUCGGAGUGUACAUGGGAAGAGGGAGAACUGGUGUCACGGAAAUUCCAGAUCCUUGUGGAUGAGUACAACCUGAGGCACAAGUCACAAAAGACGCCCACUCCAGCUAAAUACUGCAAGGCUCUUCGAUACCGUCCAAAAUUUACUCCUCUGAAAAUUCAGCCUUCAUUUCUGGGUGGAGAUAGUUUAGUAUUAAGGGACUAUCAGUUAGAUGGUGUGAAUUGGCUUAUGCAUACAUGGUCAAAAGAAAACAGUGUGAUCUUAGCAGAUGAAAUGGGAUUAGGAAAAACUAUUCAAACAAUUGGAUUUUUAUCAAUUUUAUACAAUACAUUCCAAGUGUAUGGACCUAAUAUACUUGUGGUACCUUUGUCUACAAUAGCUGCUUGGCAGAGGGAAUUUAAGCUGUGGGCUCCUGAAAUGAACGUUGUAGUAUAUUUAGGGGAUAUUUCUAGUCGAAAUAAGAUUAGAGAACAUGAAUGGUGUCACAGUGGCAACAAAAGGUUAAAGUUCAAUGUCCUGGUUACGACAUAUGAAAUUCUUCUUAAAGAUAAGUCCUUCCUUGGCAGUGUUAACUGGGCUGUAUUAAUGGUAGACGAGGCCCAUCGUCUGAAGAAUGAUGAUUCACUUCUCUACAAAACUCUUUUUGAGUUUAAUUCCAACCAUAGACUUCUGAUUACGGGUACUCCACUGCAGAACUCCCUCAAGGAACUGUGGGCUCUUCUUCAUUUCAUCAUGCCAGACAAAUUUUAUAAGUGGUCCGACUUCGAGGAUAAACACUCCUCAGCUCAGAAGACAGGGUUUGUGGGACUGCACAAAGAACUGGAAUCUUUCCUGUUACGUCGAGUCAAAAAGGAUGUAGAAAAAUCUCUACCUGCUAAAACAGAACAGAUUCUUAGAGUAGAAAUGUCAUCUAUACAAAGACAAUAUUACAGAUGGAUUUUAACGAAAAACUACAAAGCAUUAAGUAAAGGUCUGAAGGGUAAUGUGUCAAGUUUUGUGAACAUUAUAAUGGAACUGAAAAAAUGCUGUAAUCAUGCUCAACUUGUUCGUCCGCCAGAAGAAGAGACAACAGACAGAUUGGCAGCAUUGGUCAAAGGCAGCGGCAAGCUGAUUUUGUUAGACAAAUUGUUACUGAGGCUCAAGGAAUCAGGUCACCGAGUUCUAAUUUUCUCCCAGAUGGUGAGAAUGCUGGACAUUUUGGGAGAGUAUCUACAAAUGAGACAUUUUCAAUACCAAAGGUUAGAUGGUUCUGUUCGAGGGGAUCUAAGGAGGCAAGCGAUGGACCACUUCAACGCCGAAGGCUCAAUAGACUUUUGUUUUCUCCUGUCCACUCGAGCAGGAGGUCUUGGUGUUAAUCUCGCAACGGCAGACACUGUCAUUAUUUUUGACAGCGACUGGAACCCCCAAAAUGACUUACAAGCUCAGGCCAGAGCUCAUAGGAUAGGGCAAAAAAAUCAGGUUAGUGUAUACAGGCUCGUCACCAAGAACAGUGUAGAAGAAGAUAUAGUCGAGCGGGCUAAAAGAAAAAUGGUGCUGGAUCAUCUGGUCAUUCAAAGAAUGGACACCACGGGUCGUACAGUGCUCAACCGUGGGAUUCCUUCCAGUAAUUCUACCCCCUUUAAUAAAGAGGAGCUGACUUCCAUUCUCAAAUUUGGUGCUGAAGAAUUGUUUAAAGAAAAUGAAGAUGAUGAGGAUGAACCACAGGUGGACAUCGAUGAGAUUCUAAAGAGAGCGGAGACCAGAGAGGUGGAAGAUCAGAACACCGGUGCGGGAGACGAGCUGCUGUCUCAGUUUAAAGUUGUCAGUUUUGACAAUAUGGAGGAUGAAGAAAUUGAACAGACACCAGGGACAAAAGUAGAGGAAGAAGAUAAGUCCUGGGACACAAUUAUUCCUGAAGCUGAUAGAAGGAGAAUUGAUGAAGAGGAGGAACAAAAAAGAUUGUUAGAGCUUAACCUGCCACCAAGACCUAGAAAAUCUAUACAACAGCCUCAGGUUGGUGAUGACUCUGAUGAUAAUAAUAGAAAAAAGAGUAGAAGGCAUAUCGAUGAUGAUGACAGUGAAGAUGAUGAGGAUGAUGAUGACGAAGAUGAUGAUCAACCCAGAAAACGAGGCCGACCAAAAAUGUCAAAGACAUCAGUCAAAGGAUUUAAUGAUUCAGAAAUUCGACGGUUUAUUAAAAGCUUUAAGAAGUUUGGCAGACCAUUGACAAGGUUGGAUGCUAUUGCAUGUGAUGCUGAGUUGCAGGAGAAGUCUGAGAGUGACCUACAGAGACUAGCAGAGGUGCUGGCCAAGGGAUGUGAACAGGCCAUGGAGGAGGCUAAAAGUAAAAUGGAAUCAGAAACCAAUGAAGGGGGUAAGAAGGGAAAUAGAGGACCGUCCUUUAAGAUGUCUAGUGUGUCCGUGAAUGCCCAGGCAAUUGUCAAAGCUGGACAGGAGUUGGAGCCCCUGGCAGCAGCCAUUCCGACAGAAAAGGAAGAGAAGAAAAAAUACCAACUUCCACACAAGGUGAAGGCUGUCCAUUGGGACUGUGUAUGGGACAUAGAGGAGGACUCCAACCUCCUUAAGGGUAUUUACGAGUACGGAAUGGGCAGCUGGGAGGCCAUUAAGAUGGACCCAGAACUUCAGCUUCAUGACAAGAUUCUGCCAGAUGGUAGUGAUUUCAAACCACAAGGAAAACACUUAGCUACACGGGCUGACUAUCUCCUAAAGGUGCUCAAGAAGAAUUCUGGUCAGGAAAAUGGAGGGGACACUGUGUCCAUUGGAACCAGCAAACCAAGAAAAAAGCGGAAAGGAAAACCACCAAAGUCUACAGCAGAAAUAAUUGACAAAGACUUCAGUGAUUCUGAAGAUGAUUCUCGUGCUAAUUUAAACAAUAAUAGUGCUAGAGACGACAACAGUCGUGAUAGUUUUGUGGAUCACCUCAAAAAGAAGAAAAAGAAGGACACUGUAAAGAGUGAAAAAAUUCCUGAGGAGGAAGACACCAGGGAUUCUUUGGAUUUAAAAAAGAGGAAGAAGAAGGCAUCCAAAAAAGCUAAGAAGAAUGAUGCGAUGCAUUUUACUGCUGGAGCAGUGCCAGUGCCUGUGGCAUUAGAGACCAAAUUCAGUGGAGAACUCCCCAGUGAUGUGUUUGCUAAGUGUAAAGAAAUGAUGCGACCUGUGAAGAAAGCUUUAAAACGUUUAGAUAACCCAGAUGAGGGUUUAUCUGACAGGGAGCAGUUGGUGCAUACUCGACAGUGUUUGUUAAAAAUUGGGGACAGGAUAAAUGAGUGUAUGGCUCACUAUAAUGACCCAGAAGUCAUCAAACAGUGGAGAAGUUUUCUCUGGAUAUUUGUAUCCAAGUUCACGGAGUUUGAUGCCAAAAAGCUUCAUAAGUUGUACAAGCACGCUCACAGGAGACGGGAGGAGGAGCAGGAACAGGAGGGUGGCAGUACGAAGCCCCAGACCUCUGAGAAACACGGAAACCAUGUAGACAAACAAAGUGAGGGCAAGAAACACAAACGACCGGCAGAAUUUGGGGAUGGGGACAAGGCCACCAAGAGACCCCCACAUGAACAUAGGGCCAAGGAACAUAAAAGUUCCGCCUCAGUAAGUAAUGGUCCCCGUCAUAGUACCAGCACCAACAGCUUAAGUCACAAACACAGUGUCCUAGAUUCUAGUCACGACUCCAACUCUAAUGAUAGGUGGACUCAUGCUAGUCCCUUAGCAAGGGCUGAAGAUCAACCUAGAAAUAGGUACGACAACAGCUCAAGUGCCUAUGGGCGUCAGCAGCAUUACCAAGACAGGAGUUACCAUGGCAAUGACCCCAGAUUUGGCGAUUCACACCACAGAUUUAAUAAUGACCGGCGAGAAUAUUCCUCCAGCCAUUCAUACCAUCGUGACCGCGGUGAUCACUCAUCAAGUUACCAUUCCCAUCAUGAUCACCAUGGUAACUACCGGUCAGAUCACAGAGGUGACCGUCGUCCAGAGUAUGGACAAUAUGGACACCGAGAUUACGGCAGCAACCGUCCUGACAGUAGUAGUUACCAGUCUCAUUCAGAUAGGAAGCGUAAAGGUGAUGCAAUUCCAGACCGUAGAUCUCAGAAGGAGCCUCGAAUUCUUGAGGACACGAAUCGGUCAUCGUUUUACUCCAACUCCAGUCAGGAUGCCAAGAUUUGACCCCCACCCCUCAUCCACUACACCACAUACAAAUGUACAAUAAACACUGGAGGUAGUUGCCCAUCCCCUAAACUCGGGGAAUGUUCCAUUCUCUGUCAUACAUUAUCAUCUCAUUUAGACGCCAUCACAGAUGAUCCCAAUCACCUAGCCUGGACUCAUUUCUCAAAUUUCACUGCCACAAAACAUCAGUGCAUUUUAUUUGUAUCGGACACAUUCAGGAAAAUGUGAUAAGUUAUUUUAGUUUGAAGCCCUCGUGUAGACUGGAUUUAUUCUUACAAAUGUCUGCCCGUUUUAUGAUUGGAAUGUGUGAAAGUUGUGUUUGCUUUUCAAGCAUCAGACUACAGGCUGAACCACUUUUAUUCGUGUGUCUGUUUUUGUGUCUGGAUUUCUCCCACUUCUAAGUGCAGCUGGUUUGAGGAAACUUACAUGGAAGUAGGACUUCGUUUUUAUUUCCUAUGAGAGGUAAUUAAUUGCAUGUUCCAGUAUUUAUUUUGAAUAACACACAAACCGUGCUAAAAGUCUUCACAUUAAAUCAUAUGUGUAUAUUUGAAUUUCAGUUUGAGUUUUGGCUUUGUAUUCAUAGCAAAUCACUAUCAUAUCAUUUUAAGUAACAAUGAUCCUUUUAAUUUCCAAUAUCCUGAAUAGUAUGAAAAACAGUGGAUCAGUCAACAGAAUUUCAUUUAAAAAAUAUUUCAUUUGAAAAAAAUACUGAAAACAUUUGGAAAUUGCUUUUUUUAUACACCUCUGCUUGAUGCAGAUUUUAAAACUUUGCAAGAGCUACUCAUUUUGUUCUGAUCUGUAUUAAAUUGUCAGAAACUGACCCAAUAACAAUGAAUAUGUGGAUAUGUUAUAUCUAGCUGUCGGAUCUCAUCUUACUACAAGUGCUUUUGUGCUACACAUGUGUACCUGCAUGAUGAGAGUGUCUGUGAUAAGUGAUGUUGAACCACACAUGUUUGUGUUCAGUGUGAGAGAUCAAGUGGAAUCAAUUUAUUAUUUGUACAUAUUCAUUUUGUAUGUAAAAUAUUGUAUAUAUGAAAUAAAAUUGAAAUGAAA